GCAGUAAACCAUGUAGACACUGGAUAAAACGCAAGUUAAAGAGAUGGAAAAGUUACGUAGUGUAAGGUGACCUAUUUCAACAUGGCGGCGCCCGUUAGUUACUACCUUUGUAGGCAGAGGACAGUUUGCUGGGCCAGUCGGACGCGAUGAAAUGGAAGUCCAUCGUGAGGAAGCUUUGUGCACAGCUGCGCUGAUAUAUGUAUAACUGCGAAGCUUUGACAACCAACAAGCAAAAAUGGGAUCUGCAGCCAGCACAAGCACGAGUGCUGCGAUUACUAACAGCGCGGCGAAAACACUGGCCAGAUCUUCCGAAGUGUCCGUAAGUGAGAGCAGCAUAAAGAGAAAAGAGAAAAUCUACAACCAAAUCAAGGCUCUCCCUGAGGUACAACUAAUGUUUAAGAACAUCCAAAAAGCCUCCGAGAUGUUGGGUGAUCACGGCCGCCAUGAUUCCCCGGAAUACCGAACGGAGAUGUUUUCAUUCUUAAAGGAUAAAGUUUACCAUGCGCUCAGAGAAUUCAAAAACAACAAACACAGACGUGUCAUUGCUCAGCACGCCGCCGACGUGAAAUUGCCGGACGCACUUACCAACGUGUACAGAAGCACUUUGCAGAAGUACGGCUUGACGGGACUUACCGAAGUAACAUCGAUGUCUUCGGUUGAGUUCGACGAACUUUCCACACUUCGGCUAUGUUCGUGGACUUAUUCCGACUCCAGCUUCGCUUUUUCUGAUGGACUGGCAGAGGCUGGUUUUCUGCUCCUUCUGAAAGACGAUUUAGUUUCCGCACAAGAAGGCAAACACAAUGGCUUAGAUCCAGAGUUUCCUGUGAUACAAAAUGCCGUGGAGUAUAGUAUUGGUAUCAUUCACAACUGUGCCAAGUCGGAAAACGUGAAGCCGUAUUUGAGAAAACUGGGCAUCAUUCCAAUACUGACGCCAUUUCUGAAAACGGAAAACCAAGCCCUCAAAGCCCAGGUGGUCAUGACUUUGGGCUAUCUCAUAGACAACGACGAAGAAAACGAAAUCCUACGCUCGGACGAAACCCUUUUCGAGUUCCUAAUCGAUCUCCUUGACGACGCUAUGAAGAGCGAGAGUCGUCGAAGCAACACGUUCUCUGCCUUCGAACUCACCACUGGCCUGGAUGCCUUAGCCCGAAAUGAAUAUAACAGUGCGAAAAUUGCCGAAAAGGGGGCGCUACCGCUGCUGACUGAGCUGCUGUCAUCGGAGGAUGAGGAGGAGAGGAAGGCUGCUGUCAGGGCGCUCUGGCAGCUCUCAUUUCUCCCGACGAACAAAGAGAAGAUUAUGGAGCUCCCGAUCUGUGUUGAGAGACUCCAUGAGCUUCGACGCCACACUAACGAAGCUAUAUCUGCUGCCUCGGAGUCCGUGCUGUGGCAACUGCGCAAUAGGGACCAUCACAAAGCGGGCGAUGGUGGUGAACAGGCUGUAGGACCUACUGCCGAUAAAAAUAAGGACAAUCGAGAGCAAUCUGCAGGAAGUAUUAAACUAAACGUCCAACCCAACGAUUUGGAAGCGCUAAUAUGGGGUGAAACGGACGCCAAAGAACACAUCAUGAUAAGCUAUAACUGGGCACAUCAGGAAUUGCUUAUUAAGGUACGGGAUUACCUGACCCAGUCUGGUUUUAAAGUGUGGAUGGACAUUAACAACAUGUACGGGUCCACGUCCGACGCCAUGGCCUCCGCCGUGGAGAACGCUGCCGUGGUGUUAAUUAGUAUGUCACAGAGGUAUAAAGACAGCAAGAAUUGUCGCAAAGAAGCGGAAUAUGCGGACGAGAUCGACAAGCCGAUCAUUCCACUUCUAGUUGAAGAGGCCUAUAAACCCACAGGUUGGUUGGGAAUUCUCGUGGGGAAGGCUCUGUACUACGAUAUUUCCAGGAAAAGGAAUUUUGGACAUAAAAUGCAAGAGCUUGUGGAAGCGCUGGUAAAGCAGGCUGCUGGGGCGAGAAAUGAAAAUGCUGCAAUAUCGCCGCUCACUAGGUCUGUCUCGAUAUAUCAACCCAGUAGAAUGCCUAAGGGUGGCAGCAAGUUGGACAGUAAACUGUUCUCCGUGGAUGUUUGGCUCCGACAAAACAAUCUCCAAAGAUGUAGAAAGUUAGCUACUUUGACGGUACCCGACAUUGUGUUCUUGAGGCAUCUCAAGUCUACUGCGCCGGAGUUUUUCUUCAGGCUUCUGUCAGAAAAACUAGGACUUGAAUCUCUGACCGAUCUUAGACUUUUCUGUGAUGCACUUGACGAACUGUGAUAAAAGUAAAAUAGGCUUACACGUGGGCAGAGGAAUGACCCAACCCACUGCGACAGCCUGUUGAAUUUCUUCACAUGUUCGCAAUGUUGGAGAAGGAAACGAAAUAUGUGCAAUAUUUGAGAAUCUGUGAUCAAUGACCAGGGUAAAAGAAAAAAAAAACAUUACACGAUCCAACAAGAAUCAGUAAUUUGUAUGCAAGUGCAUAUAGAUGAGAUUUAGGCCGUUUACUCAUCGAGGGAUAUACGUACGCUAUAUAAUCUGUACCGGUGUAACGAAACUAAGGGUCCGUGUAACAGAAAGUC